AUGCUGCCUUCACCAACACCUCACCGCCGCUCUGAUCAGUUACCACUAAGGCUCCGUACUGAUCCCACCCAGCGUGACAGAUCUCGCUCGCGCCGUCGCUCCCGCAGUCCCGCUCGUCGCAGCAGUCGCCGAUCUUACUCUCCCAGGUCCCGCUCACGCUCGCGUGACAACUACAGAAGAGACGAACGUAGAUCCCGCUCUCCAGUCAACGGCUCCGCCGCCGCUCCCGGUUACGCUCCCAACAACGCCUAUCCUUCUGACCGUGAAGGAGGUGCUUCAGCAGCUACCCCUAGAAACUUUGAAGAGCGCGUCGUCGCCAAAGAACAAAUGAUGCAGACUGUGCGCGAACACUCUCAACAAGACCGUCGUGUCUACGUCGGCAACCUCUCCUACGAUGUUAAGUGGCACCACCUCAAGGACUUUAUGCGCCAAGCUGGUGAGGUCAUUUUCGCCGAUGUCUUGCUUCUCCCAAAUGGAAUGUCGAAGGGAUGCGGAAUUGUGGAAUAUGCAACAAGAGAUCAAGCUCAGAACGCGGUCAACUCUCUCUCGAACCAGAAUCUUAUGGGCAGACUGGUCUACGUCCGCGAGGAUCGUGAAGCAGAACCCCGCUUCAGCAGCGGCGGUCAAGCCGGCGGUAUGCGUGGUGGCUUCCAAGGAGGCCCCAUGCGUGGCGGCUUCGGUGGCGGCGGCUACGAUGCCAUGGGUGGUGGUGGUGGCCCUGGCAUGAUGGCUGGUGGAAGCCGUCAAAUCUACGUCUCCAACCUUCCCUACACUGUUGGCUGGCAAGAUCUCAAGGAUCUGUUCCGCCAAGCAGCUCACACUGGUACCGUCGUCCGCGCCGAUGUACACGUCACCCCCGACGGCCGUAUGAAGGGCUCAGGUAUCGUGGCCUUCGACAACCCCGACGAUGCCCAAGUCGCAAUCCAGCAGUUCAACGGAUACGACUGGAACGGCCGCGUUCUCGAGGUAAGAGAAGACCGUUUCGCCGGCCCACCUGGCUUUGGUGGCGGCCGUGGCGGCUUCAUGGGUGGUCGUGGAGGUUUCGCAGGCCAACAAUUCGGCGGUCGCGGAGGUUUCAUGGGCGGUCGUGGCGGCUUCGCAGGUCAGCAAUUCGGAGGUGGUCGUGGCGGUUUCCAGGGUGGGUUCAACGGUCCUCCUCAGGGUGGCUUCCACGGUGGCCCCCCUGCCGCACCCGCUCCUCCCAACCCAUUCACCGACUUCGCAACCUCUGGUGGCGAGCCUGGUCCGGUCAUCUAUGUCCGCAACCUUCCUUGGUCCACUAGCAACGAGGAUCUCGUCGAGCUCUUCACCACCAUUGGCAAGGUCGAGCGUGCCGAGAUCCAGUACGAGCCUAACGGUCGCUCGCGCGGAACCGGUGUCGUUGAGUUUGGUAGCGUCGACGAUGCAGCCACUGCCAUUACCAAGUUCUCUGGUUACCAGUAUGGUGGCCGUCCUCUCGGCUUGACAUACGUCAGAUACUCCAACCAGCAACCUGCCAUGGACCCCAUGCAAGGUCAAGAACAGACGGGCGGCAUGCCCAUGGGUCUCACCCAGGACCAAAUCAUGUAA